AUGUCGCGCAGCAGCCGGCGCAGGUACCAGAGCGGGGACCUGGUGUUCGCCAAGCUCAAGGGCUACGCGCACUGGCCGGCGCGGGUGGAGCGCCUGGCCGAGCCCAACCGCUACCAGGUGUUCUUCUUCGGGACCCACGAGACGGCCCUGCUGGGCCCCCGGCAGCUCUUCCCCUACGAGGAGUCCAAGGAGCGCUUCGGCAAGCCCAGCAAGCGCCGUGGCUUUAGCGAGGGGCUGUGGGAGAUCGAGCACCGCCCGACGCUGCAGAGUACUCUGAGGAAAUCUGUCAUCUAUGGCUUAGAGGAACAAGACCUUCCUGUACUGCCGUGCAUGGAUGGUACUCUUGUCUGUACUGAUGGUGCUCCACCUUCUUAA